AUGAGCGCCGGAAAGUCCCCGGGGCGCAGGAGGAGGAAAGCGGCGUGUCCCACGCAGGUAACAACAAGAGAAGACUAUUUUAAUAUAAGGGAUCCAGUGUCUGACAGUGAGAAACCUUUUAAAUUGGAAGGAAAGGCUAAGAACAAAGACAAAGUCAUCCAUAAACUGAAUUUAAAGAUUGACGACCUGAAGAAGAAAAACCAAGAUUUAAAGCAACAUGUUAUGCAAUUGCUUGAUAGUAAGCAGGUGGCGGAGAGUCAGGUGGACAGGUUGACCAAUAAGAAUGAGUAUCUGUGUAAAGAACUUGCUGUAGUUGACAAACUAGCUGAACAGCUGGAAAAAGAAAAAGAAUUAGUCUUGGAUACUGCUGACCAGGAACUUGAGGAAGCAAAGACUCAAAUUAGAUGCCAGCAAAACAAUAUUAGAAAGUUGGAGCACACAAUCAAAAUACUUAGAUCUGUUAUUUUAGAAACAGAAUCUGAAAAAACACUAGGGAAGUCUCCUUCAAGACUUGAUACCUUUAUCAAGACAUUGGAGGAGGACAGAGAUUAUUAUAAAAGUGAAGCUGAGAAUUUGAAAAAGAUGUUUCGAAAUACAUCUUCAAGUCCUAAGCACAGCCCCACUCGUAGCAGCAUUUCAAAACAUUCUUCACCUAUCCAGGGAAUGAGUUCAGAUCCAGAAGUUAUGAAAAUAUUCAGAGAACGUGAAGAACUUAAGUCAAUGCUGGAAAAAUAUGAGCGCCACAUGGCAGAAAUUCAGGGUAACAUCAAGGUUCUAACAGCUGAGAGAGACAAAAUCAUCAUUCUUUAUGAUCGGGCACAGGAAGAAAUAUCCCGACUUCGCCAAGAUGUUAUCAAAUCCCCCAAGAUUCCUAAAACGACUGUGACAGCCCAGGCGAUCUUAAGGCGUGUAGAGACAGAAAGGGAUGCAGCUGUUUCUGACUUCCGAAGGAUGACCACAGAACGAGAUAGCCUCAGGGAGAGGUUAAAGAUUGCCCAGGAGACUGCAUUUAAUGAGAAGGCUCACUUGGAACAGAGAAUUGAAGAGCUGGAAUCAACAGUUCAAGAUCUUGACAGUGAACGUUUGGAACAAAUAUCAAAGAUAGCACUGAUGAAAGAGACCAUAGAUUCUGUGGAAAUGGAGAUGAAAAUAUUGGCAAGAAGAGCACUGGAUUCAGAAAGUGAGCUCAGCAGACAAAAAGCAGAAUGUGCUUCACUAAGCUUAUUAAAUGAAAAGACAGAACAGAGUCUUUCAGAGACACAGCGACAUCUUGCUAAAAAAAAAUAUGAAUUACAACUUACCCAGGAGAAAAUUAUGGUUUUGGAUGAAAAAAUUGAUAACUUUUCAAAACAAAAUCUUGCACAACAAGGAGAAAUCCAUAUUCUCGAAGAAACUAUUGCUGAGCUGGAUACAGAAAAGAACUCCUUACAAGAACGUGUGGAUGAAAAAACUGAGAAAAUUUCUUCCUUUCAAGAAACCCUGGCAAUGAAAGAAGAGACCAUUUCAGGUUUGAAGGAUCUCAUUUCUGAGAUGGAGCAAUCAUCAAAACAGUCUACUGAAGCUCUAUGCGUCUGUGAGGAGGAUAUCACCAGAUUGCGUCAACAACUGGAUGAAACGAAUGAUGAACUUGCUCAGACUGGCAGGGACAGAGAAUCAUUAGCUCAGGAGAAUGACAGGUUGCAGGAGCAACUUCAUAGAGUUAAGAAGGAAAAUCAGAUUCUACACCAAAAACUUGCGAAGUGUCAGAAUGAGCUUGAUGAUAUGAAGUUGAAAGCGCAGGAUUCAAGCUCAGAUAUUGCCAGAUUGAGGAGCACAUUGAAAUCUAUAGAGAGAGAGAACUGUGAACUUUCAGAGAACUACCACAGAGCCAAUGAACAGGCAGAAAGCUGGGAAACAAAAUUCCACCAAGCGGAAGGAGAUUGCAGCUCUGUCCGAUUGAUGCUCCUCAAUACAGAGUCUGAGAGCCGCAGGCUGAAAGAAAGAAUGGAAUCCCUUGAAAUAGAGAUUGAGCAACACUUAACAACAGAAAAAGCCUACAAGUCACAGAUUUCUACCAUAAACAAGUCUCUUAUGAAAAUGGAAGAGGAGCUUCAGAAUGUGCAUUUGGAGAAAGUCUCCAUUCUUGCAGAUCUCACCUCUACACAAGAGCUUUGUAUUAAAUUAGACUCUAGCAAAGAGCUACUAAAUCGGCAACUAAACUCUACAGCACAAGAAGUAGAAAGGCUGCAGACUGAAUGGGAGUCUUCUCGUUCUGAAGUAGAACUCCUGAGGAAACAACUAGCUAAUGAAAGAAUCUCUAUGAAAAACCUGGAAUCUUUGCUGGUGUCCAACCGAGAGAAAGAAUUUCAGUCUCAGAUAGCCAAACAAGAAAAGGAAUCUGAAAUUCAGCUUCUUAAAGAGCAGCUUUCUCUGGCUGAGAAUAAACUUGCUAUCCAGAGUCGAGAUUUUGCUCAGCUCAGAAAUACAACAACUCAGCUAGAGUCUGAGCUAGAUAUCACCAAAAGGCAGCUGGGGACAGAGCGCUUUGAAAGGGAACGUGCUGUACAAGAGCUUCGUCGCCAGAGUCUUACUACUACAUACCAAUUAAGCUCUACUUUAAGGACAUCAUCACCUGACCGUUCCCUCCGUCGAUCUCCUGAUUGGACUCUGGACAGAUCCUUGGAAGGGAAUUCUACAUUCAGGGACUUCUAACAUUACUCAGGAUGACAUGAACUGAAUCAGCACAUCCUCUAGAAAGCUGUAGGUUUAAAAUUGAACUCAGCGUUUGUUAAACAAUUGUUUUUCCCUGCUGACUGCUAAAUUACAUUAAAUAUACAUUAAUAUACCAAUGUAAGAGAACACAUAAUCUGAAAUUCUUUUAUUUUGGUCAAAGGAAAGAAAUCAGUCUUGAUGUUCUGUAUUUUUUAUACAGCUAACCUUUAUUAUUUAGUGCCAUAUCACAAUGACCCCUUUCAGGAAAUAGAAGGAGAAAUGCACACAGCUGCAUUGGUACAUUGAUAGUGUGCAAAGGAAAAAGUUUGUAUGUUCCCCUAUUAAAAAUGUAUACAGUAGUAGGGAAAAUGAAGAAGAGUGUAACCGUACAAAAUUUACAACAGAUAUUUGGAUGCAGAUUUUUUUUUAAGUUGGUUGUAUUUUUGCCAAAGUAUGUUGUUGUGUUUACAUUUGAAAGCACGUGCCAAGCCUUCUCUUCAAGAUGAGGCAUAUUCUUCUCUUAAUUCCUUAGUUUUGCAUUUGAUACUCUUGGGAUUAACAUCAGGUUUUAUUCAUUUUUACUUCAAAGCCAGUAAAUCUAUUACUGAUCUAUGAACAUCAUUAGUAUGAGUGUCUGUUACAAAUAUAUGCAUACUAUGAUUGGAAGGAGUAUUUAAUUAUUGAGCAUAUUACAAUUGUGCUAACUUCUUAUUAAAGUUGAUUAAUGUAGAUAAAUUUUAUUUGUAAAGAUAUCUGUAUUUUAAAUUAAUUUGCUUAAAAUUUAAAAGAAAACUAAUACAAAUCUUAGGGGCUAGGUGACAUUUGUUAAUCCAUGUCAAGUUUUUGCACUCUUCAGAUUUGAGGUGCAGGCUUGACAGGUUUUAUUCAGCUCUUCCAAAUCAUUUUAUAAAUUUAUAAAUGGAUUGAAUAUGAAUUGUAAAGCCUAAGUAAGACUUUCUCCCUGCUAUAACCUGUCUGGCUGUAUUACCAUUUCUAUGUCUGGAAACAGUGAAAAAUAAUGCUGUUAUUUUAUUUCCAAUGACUUUCCAUUUGGCCCGUUCCCUUAAAUUUUAUGGAGAGUUCUUCACCUUUGUGACCAUAAUAACACAGCGAAACCUUUUUGAAAAUGUUUUGUGUAGUCAGUCUUUUCUUUGGGACAGGGAGGAUUGUUCAUUCUAAUGGUUUACUCUGGUACGUGUUAUAUACAUACACAUACAUACAUCACUUGUGAUGGCUUUCAAAUUCAGCUUUCAAAUGCCUCUCAUUUCCUCUAAAACCUACUGGUAUGUAUAGCACAUAUCAAAACUUCUUAUAGUAAAACAAAGCAUUCUUAAAAAAAACUUUUUAAAAAGUAUUUUGAGGAAUAAUGUGCAAAAACAAUUGUUUGUAAUAUAUAUUUUUA